AUGAAACUACCUUGGAGCUUGGUGGGAGGCUCUCGCGGGGUACGGGAAUCCCUGGCGGGCAGGCACCCCGAAGCUUCCCUGCCCCUCUACAGAUGCUGGGACCACAGAGGCUUCAAGCACACGUGGCUGCGGCCGGGCGCCGAGCCGGGCCAGCCCGCGAGCUUCGCUGAGCCGGGCCCGGUGCAGAAGCUGCACGUGCUGCGACACGGGGCCCACGUCCUGGCCACGGCUGUGAACAGCUUCGCUCACCGGGCGUUCAUGUGCGGCUUGGGCGGCCUCGAGGCGUGGCAUCUGGGCAGCCGGGUCACCUUCCCCGAGAGCCACCUGCACUGGCCCAGCCAGGCCCCAGGUGCAUACCUUCGCACCUGCCUGCUGGCCCCCAACGGCCGGACGCUGUUCGCAGGUGGCCACAACCUGCCGGGCGUAAGCGUGUGGGACCUAUCGGUGCCAUCCCUGUGCGAGCCGGACCAGCUGCCGUGCGAGGGGCUCUCCCGCCAAGCCCUGGACGCCAGCCCCAGGGGCAGCCUGGCCGUUGCAGGCUUCAGCAACGGCACCGUCAGGAUCUGGGACAUUCGGGAUCGGAAUGUGGUCAAGGACCUCCCUGGCCCGCAGGGUGAGGCCAACAGCAUCAUCGUGAUCAAAGACGACACUGUCUGGACAGGGGGCCUGGACGGCUGUCUGCAGUGCUAGGCUAGGGCGUCUAAAAAGACCCAGAAGCACCUCUUUAAGUCUCAGAUCACGAGCCUGUCGCAAAGCCCCUGGGAUGACUGGCUGCUCGUGGGCCUGGCCAGUCAGCAGCACUGGCUGCAGCCCACCCUCAGGGGCCAGGCGCAUGCUGCGGGGCACAAGGACGGUGCCAUCCUGGGGCUCAAGUUCUCCCCGUACGAUAAGCAGCCGCUGAGGUCUCCGGUUGCCUCCAAGGAUGUAGUCCUGUCCGUAUCCCCAGGCCAGUGGUGGGUAAGCGUCGGCACGGACAAGCUGGCCACCAUUCACAGCAUGCCGGAAGGGGCCACGGAGUUCCAGCUGGCUGAGAGAUCCUGCGUCACCUGCUGCGACGUGUCCGCCAAGAACCGCCUGAUCGUCACAGGCGCCAAGGACUGUGCCUCCGUGUACCAGGUCACCUACUGAGGGCCCCUGUCGCCCAGCUCGGGCUCUGAGGUCACCGAGCCCCCCGCAGGAUGUGGCCAGGGGCCUGGGGAGGAAGUCUGCAUCAC